CUUUUCCUCAUGUGAUCAUUUCGCUAGCCAAUCUCAAGCCUCGUUACAGGCGCAAUGCGGAGACAAGGAUGUAAGAAGGAAUGGCGACGGCCGAAAGAAAAAGGAGGUUUGGUGAAUAAAAAUUGAUUUCGACCAUACAGAGAAGGCUCAUAUGAUUUAGAAACACAGAAAAAGCACUUUCUGCUGUUGGCAUUGUUCUACUUAUUGCCGGAUUCGUAUUAACCCAGCUGCAUCCUUUGGGCGGCGAGGGUCAGACAAAGAAAUGGACUCUGGGUUAUCCGUGACCUCCCCACCCAGCACAGCGUCUCCAACCGUACAGACUCCUCCGAACUUGGCAGCCAGGCAGCGAGAAAGCCGGAAGAAUACACCCACCACCCCUGCCUUCCUCUCAAACUUGGGCAAGGCCACUCUCCGGGGCAUCCGCAAAUGCCCCCAGUGUGGCAUUUACAAUGGCACCCGCGGUCUUAGUUGUAAGAACAAGGCCUGCGGAAUCGUCUUCAAGGACGGGGGGUGUGUUGCGAGGGGCAGGAGCUCCAAGAGGGCUGUGAUAGAGGUGGUUAGGGUGGUGAUUGAUGGUGGUGGUGGAGGGGAGGAGGAAGGAGAAGAGGAGGGAGGAGAAGCGAUUGACUCAGGUAUACGAGUCCAGGUGUUCUCCGUCUGCCAAAGAGGCAGGGGCAGUGGCACUACCCAGCGAGGCUUUGUGGAGCUGGUUCCCACGGAUACCGCCAUCGCCACGGGAGACGGGGCGACCCUGCUGACGCGGGUCAAUCUAGGCCGCUGUUUCCUGCCCACCUGUCGUCAAGGUCAAAGGACCAAUCAGAGCCAGCACAUUCUCCCCAACAUCUCUAAACAGAGCUCGUCGUCAGACAGCCCUUGUGCCCACAUCAAGCAGGCCAUCGAGUGCCAGAACCGGGCCACCCCACUGCCCCUGAAGAGCUCCGUCCUAGAGGGGCUGCCUGUCUCGGCUGACACCCAGGAAGAGCUGUGGAAGCUGGCCACAGAGUCUCCGGGACCCCUGGUCCAGCGAGUGUCCAGGGACACCAUGGUGGUGAAGUGCCACUCAGGCCCCAGCCACCCUCUGGGGCUGCUGCACCUGACUGUGGGGCCUGCGGGGGUCACGGGGCCCCCGAAGGCCCAGAGGAAGGAGCGACCGGGCCAGCAGCAGGUUAUGUUCCACUGUGCCUGUCAGGGGGGCCCCAGAGGGGGGUCGAGGAGUGAGGAGGGGCACCCCUCCCGUUGCGGUUCCGGCGCCACCGCGCCAGAACACUGCUUCCACUUCUAUGCCUGUGUGUGUGCCUUUACCAGCGAUGACAAACUGGCCUCCGAGUUUGCAGCUUUCCUCGAUUACAGCUCCAACGGUGUGAAGUCGGGAUCUGGCGGUGCUGUCCUGUGCUCCUCUGACAAGCCACUUCUGCAGCUGGAGCCAAUCACAGCUCAUAAAACAAAGAGACCCCGUCUGGAGGAGCCAAUCACAGGGAGCAGCCAGCCAGUAGACGAACGGCAGGUGACCCAGGGCUUCCAGCAGUGGCUAGCCAGUGUGACCGAGAAGAUCCACCAGACCAUGCACUAUCAGUUUGAUGGAAAGCCAGAGCCCCUGGUGUUUCACAUCCCCCAGGCGUUCUUCAACUCCCUGCAGCAUCGCCUCUCUCUGGGUUCCAAGAAGAGACGGCUGCCCAACGCAACCUCAGCAAUCGUGAGGAACGACUCUCUGCCCGUGGGCUCAUUUUCCAAGUACACCUGGCACAUCACCAAUCUCAUGCAGGUCAAACGCAUCUUCGACACUCCGGAGCUGCCUCUGGAGCUCACCCAGAGUUUUGUGAGGAACAUCGAUGGGUCUUAUUCUCCCUUCCGCUGCCUUGAGCCGCCUCCCGACCCUCCCGAGGGCCCCAGCAGGACGGAGAGGCCCCACCCCCAGCCCAUACGACCGCUGGAGCUACGUACCUUUCUCAGAGUGGGAGUCUCCUCCUCAGCGGAGCAGAAGGAAAGCCCCCCCUUUGUGAUCGAGUGGAUCCCAGACAUCCUGCCUCGCUCGCGGGUGGGAGAGCUCAGGAUCAGCUUCCAGUACGGACACCAGAACGGCGGCCAGCCGGACGUCUGCGACGAGGCGGCCAGAGGGGGCGGGGCCAAAGGGGGCGGGGCCAGAGGGGGUGGGGCCAACAAGACCACAUCUGCCACCUUCCAACCGAAUCGCUCCCCUGCUUUCAUUCAAGUGAUUGUCUGAAGAAAAUCAUGUUGGCUUGUGAAAGCUAAUUCGGUGAUAAAUAUUUACAUGUUAAAGUAUUUUAAGUAGUAAAACAGUACUGUAUACACAUACAUUAAGUAUAUGCACCAUGGAUUGUUAUGAAGCACCAAAUGACCUUUGAGAAAUGUUUGCUUGUGUGUAACAGAGAACAGUUCAGUAAUAUCACAUUCAUAACAGCCUUUAGAAUCAUACAUUUGUUAUAUGCAGAGAUAUCGGUCCAAACUGAUAAUAAUGUUCAAUAUAUAAAGGAAUUUAAA